AAAACGCGGAUGAAUUGUCGUCAACUUGUGUCAGUGAUCCCAUGUCAUUUCACUAUCUCACGGCCGUAUUUAGACUAGAUAGUUACAUUUUCUAGGCUACUUCUUACACAUUUUGAUGGUGUUUUUUCUUCCUGAGUUUGAAGAGUCUGUACCUGGGCACGCGGGACUGAAGCAGCGCGCUCUGGCAGCAUCAGUUUGUGCGUCUUUCUGGACACAGACGACACAGGCUCCGCUUCUGACAACGCCUUUCACCCCGGCGUCCGCUUCCUCUGAGCAGCUGCAGCCUGGGAAAAGUUAACUGUGCAGGGGGCUGUUGGACGGGACUGUACCGCUUGACAACUUAUGACAGACCGACAUUCACUCCACACGUAAAAAGAGAAUUAAUUUGUGCGUAAAAGUGUAGACAUGGGGUGCACGAUCAGCGCCGAGGACAAGGCAGCGGUGGAAAGAAGUAAGAUGAUUGACAAAAACCUACGAGAGGACAGAGAGAAGUCUUCCAGGGAAGUCAAGCUGCUGCUUUUAGGUGCUGGUGAAUCUGGAAAGAGCACAAUAGUGAAGCAGAUGAAAAUCAUUCAUGAAGAUGGUUACUCAGAAGAAGAGUGCAAGCAGUACAAAGUGGUGGUCUACAGCAACACAAUACAAUCCAUAAUGGCCAUUAUUAAAGCAAUGGGACGCUUAAAAAUAGACUUCGGAGAUCCCACUCGAGCCGACGACGCCCGGCAGCUGUUUACUCUGGCCAGCUCAGCAGAUGAGGGGGUGAUGUCGGCUGAACUGUCCCGUGUGAUCAGACGCCUUUGGACCGACGAGGGGGUGCAGGCCUGUUUUGACCGUUCUCGAGAGUACCAGCUCAACGAUUCUGCCGCUUACUACCUGAAUGACCUGGACCGCAUCUGUGAGCCUGGUUAUGUGCCAACGCAGCAGGACGUGCUGCGAACCAGAGUCAAAACCACAGGCAUCGUCGAGACUCACUUCACCUUCAAAGAUCUCUACUUCAAGAUGUUUGAUGUAGGGGGCCAGCGCUCGGAGAGGAAGAAGUGGAUCCACUGUUUUGAAGGCGUCACCGCGAUCAUCUUCUGUGUCGCUCUCAGUGACUAUGACCUGGUUUUGGCAGAGGAUGAGGAGAUGAACCGAAUGCACGAGAGCAUGAAGCUUUUUGACUCCAUCUGUAACAACAAGUGGUUCACGCUCACCUCCAUCAUCCUGUUCCUGAACAAGAAGGACCUGUUUGAAGAGAAGAUUACGCGCAGCCCUCUCACCAUCUGCUAUCCCGAAUACACAGGUGGGCACUCGUAUGAGGAGGCAGCGGCGUAUAUCCAGUGUCAGUUUGAAGAUCUGAACAAACGGAAGGACACUAAAGAGAUCUACACUCACUUCACCUGCGCCACGGACACCAAGAACGUGCAGUUUGUGUUUGACGCCGUCACCGAUGUCAUUAUUAAGUUCAAUCUGCGAGAGAUCGGCCUCUACUGAUGCGCUACACAGCAGGCAAGUAACUCCCACAUACA